AUGCCAGCGAAAACAAACUCUGAUGUCUCCAUCGUCGAACCUCUCACUAGUGGACUCAAUUACCGAAGGUGGUCAACAAAAAUAAUCAUGUUCUUGGAAGACAAAGAUGUUGACUAUGUAAUCCAUACUGAUCACUCAUCAUUCAGCCCGGCUACGCACUCCACGUCUACAAAAACUCAUAAGCAAACUGAGAAGGACGAUUCGCAAGACACGGCUGUUUACGCCACUCCUGAUCCUAAGGCACCUGCACCAACGCCUCCAGCUACAUUAUCACAGGUUAGUGUUAGAUUUGAAAAGGACAACAAGACUACUCGAGCAAUCAUCUUGCAACGAAUGGCAAAUUCUCUGUUCGACAUGUUUUCUGGCUAUAAGUCUGCCAAAGUCAUUUGGGACUUAUUACGCCAGAAGUAUGGUACAGACGAUGCUGGUAGGAGAAAGUAUGCAGUGGGCCAUUGGAUGAACUUCAGAAUGAACGACUCGAAAUCCAUCGUUGAACAAGUGCACGAAUUUGAAAACUUGGUUGCAGACAUGACCGCUGAAAGAGCUAAGGUAAAUGAUGUUUUUCUGUCUGGUGCCCUUAUUGAAGAAUUACCCGACUCCUGGCUUGAUUUCAAGAAGAAAAUGAAGCAUGAAAGGGGCGACUACACUCUACAACAGCUGAUCAACAGCCUAAACAUAGAAGAAGAAAACCGCCUUGUACUCAGGUCAGCUACCCUUUCUAAUAAUGUAAAAGCUAAUAUUGUUGAGUCAAGUGUUGGUUUUGACAGACCAGGACCUAAUGAUCAUACUAAGAACCACAAACGAUGCUUCAAACAAAACAACAAUAAUCAAGUCAAGAAUGGCAAAAUUCAGAAGAAAGGAAUAGGUCCUGGAUGUUUCGUUUUUGGGAAGCAAGGCCAUCGCGCUACACAAUGCUACUUUUGCAAAGGCGUAAAUCAGAACACAAAAAAGUCUGACAACGGGGGGACCAAAAAUCAAGCUCAUCUGAUUGAAGACACGGACAACACGGAAGUGGUAGCAGUCGUGAUAACUGAAGCUAAUAUCGUUGGAGAUCUAGAAGAGUAUGUCGUGGACACUAGAGCAUCUCGCCACUUCUGCAAUAACAAAGAUAUGUUCAAGGAGUUUGAACCUAUCACUGAAGGAGAACAAGUGUUCAUGGGAAACUCUAACGUCUCCCAGGUAAGUGGUAGAGGCACUGUAGAACUAAUGUUAUAUUCUGAGAAGCAGUUAAUGUUGAAAAAUGUGUUGUAUGUCCCUUCCCUUCGUAGAAAUUUGAUUUUCGGGGCCUUGUUGAACAGGGUCAGGAUUAAAAUGGUUUUUGAGUCUGACCGUCUGGUCAUGACUUGCUAUGGGAAAUUUCUUGGGAAGGGACACUUACGUGGAGGACUUUUUGUGCUAGAUGUUUCUGUAAUUAGGCCUAAUAUGUUUGAGGGUCGUGAUGCGACCUCCAUUUAUGAUUUUCUUCCAAAUUGGCCUAUUAUAGGCAAUAAUAAUAAUGGUUCUCCUUCUGCUUAUAUCACUAUCCCAGUUAAUAUUUGGCAUGAUAGAUUAGGGCAUGUUGGUACAAAGUGUUAA